GCCAGCAAACACCCAAACACCACCAGCCCUAUCCAUCACCCCGCUGUCUUUCGCUCGCUCGGCCGCGCCUUCCGUGUGCGCCUCUCCAGCACAUCCAGGCCUACCCCCACGUACCAUCGAAUCGUAAAAACACCGCGCCCGCAAGCUCCCCGCGACCGCCACCACCAUGGCGCUCGAUACCUUCUACCACAACAAGAUCGAGUCGAUGAAGCUGGAGAUAAUACAGGGCCAGGCCGUGCUCCGUCGCCUCGAAGCCCAGCGGAAUGACUACAACUCGAGGGUACGGUUACUGCGAGAAGAGCUCGGCCUUCUGCAGCAGCCGGGCUCCUAUGUCGGCGAGGUCGUAAAGGUAAUGGGCACCAAGAAAGUCCUCGUCAAGGUGCAUCCCGAGGGCAAAUACGUCGUUGACAUUUCCGACAACGUGGACAUUGCCAAGCUCACCGUCGGGAAGCGCGUCACAUUAUUGAGCGACUCAUACAAGCUGGAAAAGAUGCUGCCAUCGUCUGUUGAUCCGCUCGUAUCCCUCAUGAUGGUAGAGAAGGUCCCGGACAGCACCUACGAUAUGAUCGGUGGCCUUGACCAGCAGAUCAAGGAAAUCAAGGAGGUCAUUGAGCUUGGUCUGCAGCACCCUGAGCUAUUCGAAUCGCUCGGUAUCGCACAACCGAAGGGUGUGCUGCUAUAUGGCCCUCCCGGAACAGGAAAAACGCUGUUAGCCCGUGCCGUAGCGCAUCACGCCGACUGCAAGUUCAUCCGAGUGUCCGGUAGCGAGCUGGUGCAGAAAUACAUCGGAGAGGGCAGCAGAAUGGUUCGCGAGUUGUUCGUCAUGGCGCGAGAGCACGCACCCAGCAUCAUCUUCAUGGACGAAAUUGACAGUAUCGGCUCAAGCAGAGUGGAGGGCAGCUCUGGCGGCGAUUCGGAAGUGCAGCGAACUAUGUUGGAGUUGCUCAACCAGCUGGACGGUUUUGAACCCACGAAGAACAUCAAGAUUAUCAUGGCGACCAACCGUCUCGACAUUUUGGACCCCGCGCUUCUGCGACCUGGACGAAUUGAUAGAAAGAUCGAGUUCCCGCCGCCAUCGGUUGAAGCUCGCGCGGAUAUUCUACGGAUCCACUCUCGAAGCAUGAACUUGACCCGCGGUAUCAACCUCACCAAGAUUGCGGAGAAGAUGAACGGCUGCUCGGGAGCUGAGCUCAAGGGUGUAUGCACGGAGGCCGGUAUGUACGCGUUAAGAGAGAGGAGAGUGCACGUCACGCAAGAGGACUUCGACCUCGCGACUGCGAAGGUACUCAACAAGCACGACGACAAGGCGACCAGUCUUAGCAAGCUCUGGAAGUAGACCAGUGGGCUGGAGAGAUAUUUUGCUGCUGUGCCCCGAUGCUUAUUGAAGCGCGGCGCAUGGCCAUGUAACAUCAUGCACAGCACUGUAGACAUGCUAGAGAACAAGUAUGGAACAAUCACGAUCUGCUGUGGCUUGGUGAUGUAGAUGACUGAGGUUGGGCUUGCUUACGAGGGCGUUAGUCUUCACUUCUACUACUCUGCAUAGCAAGUCUCCGAAAGGAAACUCAGAACAAGACUUCCGGACGAAAUCAUCAUUGGGGUUGCCUAUGCUCAAGAUAUCUUGACGCUCUCCACUUUGGUUGAUGUUGAUCGUUGCGUCUCCAGCGGUAGACCGCGUGGG